AUGCUGCAACGCUUGGCGAAAUCUUCAGUGGCUCGUGCGUAUGGCUCAGUUGUCGGGAGACUUUGCGGCGGAAAAGCUUCCAUCAAUUCUUCCGGUUGUCCCCCCGUUUUAGGUAUUAAACGUGAGACAAUAAACCCGUGGGAGCAACGGACCCCAUUGAUCCCGAAUCAUGUGGAACGCUUGGUGAAAGAGGGAAUUCGUGUCCUGAUUCAGCCCUCGAACAGAAGAUGCUUUUGUGCCGACGAGUUUGAAGCAGUCGGAGCUCACAUCUCGGAAGACUUGAGUCCGGCUUCCUUGAUUUUAGGCGUAAAACGGCCGACAGACCUUGGCCCGAAGGACAUCCUUCCGAACAAAACGUAUGCGUUUUUUACACAUACCAUUAAGGCCCAACCGGAGAACAUGCCUCUAUUGGACGCUCUACUGGAACGAGUAAGCUCAUGCCCGUUCACACACAGAAUGCAAUUAACAAAGAUGGCCUCUUAA